GCCCUCUACAGGGACGUCAUGCAGGAGAACUAUCAAACAGUGACCUCGCUGGGACUCCCCAUUCCCAAACCUGACCUGAUCGCCCAGCUGGAAGCAGGGGAAGAGCCGUGGGUCCCAGAUCUCCAGGCCUUUGAGGAAAGGAAGAUGCCAAGAGGCACCUGCACAGCAGGUGAGGAGACGAUGAGUGAGAACGAGGAGGGAAAUCCACAGCAGGAAGGUCCUGAGCAAGUGGAACUGCAGGGAAACUUUUUGAGAGGAGCAGAUGGGAAUUUUUCCCAGCGCUGGGAACAGAGAAAAGUCUGGAGUAAUUGGGACAGGUCAGAGAGGAAGCUGGGAAACCACCCACACAAUCAAGUGCACGAAUCCUUUGGAUGUGAGGGAGGAGACAAGGAUUCCAAAGAAAUCACAACCCCACAGACAAAUCCCAAGGAAAAGAAACCCUAUAAAUGCUUGGACUGUGGGAAAAUCUUCAACUGGAUCUCAAAUCUUACUACCCAUCGGAGACUGCACACGGGAGAGAAACCAUAUAAAUGUCUUGAGUGUGGGAAAAGCUUCAGUCAGUGCUCAGGCCUUAUUAGCCAUGGGAGAACCCACACAGGAGAGGGACCAUAUAAAUGCCUUGAAUGUGGGAAAAGUUUCAGUACAUCAUCAGUCCUUAUUAUCCAUCAGAGAACCCACACGGGAGAGAAACCAUUUCAAUGCCUUGAGUGUGGGAAAAGUUUCAGUCAGCGCUCACAUCUUACUAGCCAUGGGAGAAUCCACACCGGAGAGGGCCCACACAAAUGCUUGGACUGUGGGAAAAGUUUCAGUGGCCCAUCAGCCCUUACUGCACAUCAGAGGAUCCACACUGGAGAGAAACCCUAUAAGUGCUUGGACUGUGGGAAAAGCUUCAGUCAGAGCUCAAGCCUUAUUAGCCAUAGGAGAAUCCAUACAGGAGAGAAACCCUAUAAAUGUCUUGCGUGUGGGAAAAGUUUCAGUGUAUCGUCAGCCCUUAUUGUACACCAGAGAACCCACACAGGAGAGAAACCCUAUAAAUGUUCGGACUGUGGGAAAAGCUUCAGUCUGCACUCAAGACUUAUAAACCACAGCAGAAUCCACACAGGAGAGAGACCAUAUACAUGCCUGGAUUGUGGGAAAAGUUUCAGUCAGCGCUCACAUCUUACUAGCCAUGGGAGAAUCCACACAGGAGAGGGCCCACAUAAAUGCUUGUACUGUGGGAAAAGUUUCAGUGGCCCAUCAGCCCUUACUGCACAUCAGAGAACCCACACUGGAGAGAAACCCUAUAAGUGCUUGUACUGUGGGAAAAGUUUCAGUCAACAGUCAAGCCUUAUUAGCCAUGGCAAAAUCCACACAGGAGAGGGACCGUAUAAAUGCCUUGAGUGUGGGAAAAGCUACAAUGCACCAUCAGCACUUACUGUACAUCAGAGAACUCACACGGGAGAGAAACCCUAUAAGUGCUUGGACUGUGGGAAAAGUUUCAAUCAGCGCUCACAUCUUACUAGCCAUAGGAGGAUCCACACAGGAGAGGGACCACAUAAAUGCCUUGAGUGUGGGAAAAGUUGCAAUGCCCCAUCAGCCCUUAUUGUACAUCAGAGAACCCACACGGGAGAGAAACCCUAUAAAUGCCUCGAGUGUGGGACAAGUUUCAGUGUACCAUCAGCCCUUAUUACACAUCAGAGGACCCACACGGGAGAAAAACCCUAUAAAUGCCUGGACUGUGAUAAAAGCUUCAGUCAGAGCUCAAAUCUCACUGCCCAUCGGAAGCUGCACAUGGGAGAGAAACCCUGUAAAUGCUUGGACUGUGGGAAAAGUUUCAGUGCACCAUCAGCCCUUAUUGUACAUCAGAGAACCCACGUAGGAGAGAAACCUUAUAAAUGCCUCCACUGUGAGGAAGGUUUUAGUCAGCGCUCAAACCUUGUUAGACAUCAGACAAUCCACACAAGAGAAAACCCCUAUAAAUGCUUAGAUGAUUGGAAAAGUUUCAGGCCGGCCGGCCCCGUAGGCAGGGAGCGGCCGAGGAACUACAGCUCCCAGGGCCCCGUGGGGUCUCAGCUCCCCGGCCCGCAGCGGGAGGGGGGGAGGGAGCGGGUGUGCUGCCCCCACCCCGAGCGGGGCCCGGCGCUGCGCGAUCCCGGGGAACCCGGGCCUGGCACGGACCAGACGCUGCUGCUGCCGCCGCCGCCGCUGCGAGCCGGGAUCCGGCCGGGAAGCUGCUGCGGCUCCCGGGCCCUCUACAGAGACGUCAUGCAGGAGAACUAUGAAAACGUGACCUCGCUGGGGUGUCCAGUUUCCAAACCUGAUGUGAUCUCCCAGCUGGAACGAGGGGAGGAGCCGUGGGUCCCGGAUCUCCAGGGCUGUGAGGAAGGAGAGAUCCCGAGAGGUGCCUGUGCAGCAGGUGCUGGGAUGGUGAGUGAGGAGAAGAAGCAGAAUCCUCAGCAGGAAGAUUCUGAGCAAGUGGCACCACAUGGGGGAUUAUCGCACGGCUCCAGAGGGAAUGUGUCCAGGCGUCGUGUGCAGGGGAAAGCCUGUGAGAGUCAGCACAGACUAGAGAGGGAGCAGAGAAACCAGCCAGCGGAAAAAGUGGGUAACUCCAUUAGUUGUCAGGGAACUCACCAGGACCUCCUGGAAACCACAGCCCAGCCAAGAAUACCUACAGGAGAGAGAAAAAACACAUGCGCUGAGUGUGGAAAGCAUUUCAGUAGCCACUCAGGCCUUUUAAAACAUAAGAGAAUCCACACUGGAGAGAGGCCCUAUGGAUGCAAUGUGUGUGGGAAAACCUUCAGUCAGAGCAUUCACCUUAUUCGACAUCACAGGAUCCACACAGGAGAGAAACCCCAUGAAUGCAGUGAGUGCGGGAAAACCUUCACUCUGAGCUCCACCCUUAUUAACCAUCAGAGGAUCCACACAGGAGAACGACCGUAUACAUGUAGUGAGUGUGGGAAAAAGUUCACUCAGAGCUCAGGUCUUGUUAAACAUCAGAGGAUCCACACAGGAGAGAAACCUUAUGAAUGCUGUGAGUGUGGGAAAAGCUUUACCGACAGGUCAGACCUUAUUAAUCAUCAGAGGAUCCACACAGGAGAGCGACCCUAUAAAUGUAGUGAGUGUGGGAAAAAGUUCACUCGGAGCUCAGGUCUUCUUAUACAUCAGAAGAUCCACACAGGAGAGAAACCCUACAAAUGCUGUGAGUGUGGGAAAAGCUUCAUUCAGAGCUCAGCCCUUAAUAAACAUCAGAGGAUCCACACAGGGGAGAGAACCUACGAGUGCUGUGAGUGUGGGAAAAGCUUCAGUCAGAGCUUUCACCUUAUUCGACAUCACAGAUUGCACACAGGAGAGAAACCCUACAAAUGCAGUGAGUGCGGGAAAAGCUUCACUCAGAGUUCAGCCCUUAAUAAACAUCAGAGGAUCCACACAGGGGAGAGACCCUACGAAUGUUGUGAGUGUGGGGAAAGCUUCUCUGUAAAGUCAGACCUUAUUGAACAUCAGAAUAUCCACAUGGGAAAGAUACCUCAUCAGUGCUCUGAGUGUGGAAAAACUUUCACACAGAGUUCAUCCCUUAAUGCACAUCAGAGGAUCCACACGGGAGAGCGCCCCUAUGAGUGCUGUGAGUGUGGGAAACUGUUCAGACAGAAAUCAACCCUAAUUACGCAUCAGGCAAGGCAUACAGGAGAGAGACCCUAUCAGUGCUGUGAUUGCGGGAAAGCCUUCAGUGUGAGCUCAGACCUCAUUGUACAUCAGAGAAUUCACACGGGAGAGAGACCUUAUAGAUGCUCUGAGUGCGGGAAAAGUUUCACCCGGAGCUCACCCCUUAAAAGACAUCAGAGUGUUCACAGGAGAGAGAGACAGCAUAGAAACUCUGUGUAGGGCGGAGAAAAAAUUAAAAAAAAACAAAAUACAUUUGCUAAUUCCCACAUAGUGACCUUUUGGGUUGUUUGCACCAUUUGUGUCACUCUGUUCUCUCAGACCCCUCGUGUGUUGACCACUCGUGCCUUUUACAGGUCGCCCUUCUCUAGGUGAAUCCCGUGGUCCUUGCUCCUGUGAGUCAUUGGAGUGUGUGUCCUUCCAGCAAGGAGUUUCCAUCAGCCCCAGGUGGGGGAAAUUGGGGUGACCACAAGUAGCCUCACUGAGUGCGAAUGGACCUGGGCUUUGACUUCUACUCUAGGAUUUCCCUUGGAGUCGGCGUGCUCGAGGUAGCUAUCCUGAUGUAAACACACCGCUCUGUUUGCAGUGCUGACAUCGCCCAGGCACAGGGGUUGGGGUUAGCUGGCAUCUUCCCCUUUGGCCUGUCCUAAUGGACACCCAUUUUCCUGGUCUGGACAAUCCCUGAGCAUCACGUUUAUACUGCCACCCCAGUAGCAGAACAGAUUGUUAGUCACCAAGUUCCCUCUUUGCUGACAAAAUGUCUCCUUCCCAGUUGUGCUCGCGCUGGUACAGGUUGUGCUGGGCAGCAGAUAUUUUUACUUUUAUCAGUUUCCUUAUUGACAAUACAUUUCAAUAUAGCAAAGAGGAGAAGCAGGAGUAGGACAAAUGUUUCAUUUCAGCCUCUGCGAUGGCGGAAGGAAAUGGGGUGAGUCGGAGGGAUUCCCUCCUUCCCCAUCACCAUCAGUAUGCCCUCUCACUCCAGCAGUGCUGGCAUCUGUGUGAGGCACAAUGGAGUUUCUCCACCUCUAUUCUACCCCUCCAGCUCCCAGAAAGUCUCUGCAAUUAGUAUCAAGUUGAUCCUAAAUCUGACUCAUUAGUGCUGGCAAUGGAAGUGUCCCAGACCUGGUGGGGAAUUCCAGUGGAUCCCAAACACUGUGACAUCAUUCUGAGUUUAAAUCCCAGUUGCUAUCUAUUGAUGAAGCCACUUCUGGACUUUUUCCUGCUGAUUUGGGAUUCUUUGCAGAUGAGAAGGUUGGAAUUUUUCCCUAUUACAAUGAUGCUUCUCCCCCCCCGCCCCUCCCAAUAACAACUCCGUGAUAACAAAGUGCUGUUGCUGAAGCAGGUUUGAAUGGAUCAGAGGAGAAAGCAAUGGGGGAAUCUGCUUUCCUGAUUUCUGAGUCAUCAGAUGUAACCUGAUCUGGAAUUUCAUUUUUCAUGAAAGAGAAAGUGACUUACAGCGCUCCGUGUUUCUCUCUGUCUCCUGAAGACCAUUUGGUCACAUAAUCAAAUAUCAGUUGUGUUCUCCGGGAUGUAGCUCGGAUUUAUCAAGGACUUUGGGAGAAAUGACUGUUGGCUAAAAGAGUCCUUCCUUAAUUUAUUGUUGUCCUUCCCCCCACCGCUGCAUGAUGACAUUGCAGAAGCUCUAGUGCAGUUCACGCACCAGGAGAGGCUGCUCCAAGCCAUUGGGCCUGCUGCCAAGGAAACAGGAGCGCGCUUAGGCCUCCAUCCACUCUGAAAUGGUAACAACAGCAACCCCCCGAUUGCAACUAAGUGAAGUAACUGGGUGCAUGUGGGCUAUUUGGGAAACACUUUCCCUGUCUGAGUUGAUGUGGAGAAAACAAGUACAUUUGUGAACUUGCCCGUGAUAGAUGCUCAAAUGUGGACUGAAAUGAACUCCGUGUUGAAAGUGAGAUAACUGCAGAAUAUCUAUUUUUAAUAAGUUUCCCCUCCUUUGGUGGCUUACAGGGAUUCUGAGGCAGAAGUGUUUCUAGUCCCUAACUUACACCCUGUGCCACCAGAUUAAAGAAACAAAUUGGGCAUGUUUGGAGCAGCCAUUCCUCACUAACUCCGCUCAGACGCUGGGUGGUUUGGUAAAGGACUGUGUUCCGGAGGAAUGGAAACAUACUGUGACCAAGGCCAAGGAUUUGGAAGAACUCAGGCUGAUAUAGCAGACACCCACUAGUUGAUUGUUGCCCCAGAGAAGGAAGCUGUGGUGAACUACGGUCCAGGUAAAACUGUUUGUUUCUAACACCACUCAGUGUCACUGAUUACAGUCCCAGGGCUUGGCUACACUGGAGAGCUGCAGCGCUGGUGGUGGCUUUACAGCGCUGCAACUCACUCACCGUCCACACUGGCAAGGCACAUACAGCGUUGUAUCUCCCUGGCUACAGCGCUGCAUGUACUCCACCCCAGUGGAUGCCAGGGCUACACUGGAAGGUCCUUCACUAUUUGGAUCCAGAGUUCCAUGAUGCAAAGUGAAAAAUAGUUGAUGCCUUUAGAGGGGACUUUCCUUCCCCAGCCUGAUUGAGCACCAAGGACUUCCAUUCUGUUAGAAUGACAGUAACAGAGAAGGGACUCAAUGUGUCAGGCUCCAGUUUCAGAAAGCUGGAAGUACAAAUGUUGAGUCCUGAUUCUGUGCUUGCUCUUGUCACUUCGUUUUGCUCUUGUGUCUGGUGUAGUUGUACCACUCCGCCUCCACUUCCUGCUACUAUGAACGAUUGGCAGGAGUGAAUAUAGAGCCGGGGUCCUUUUUCUCAUGAUGCAAAGCGUGAGCCCCCUUCCAUCAACACUUCUUUCAGAAGAACCAGAGAUCAGUGAACUCACAGAUGUGGAAAGCUCCUAGGCUGGUGUAGCCAACAUUUACGCAGUACUCGCUUGCUGGAAAUGGGGCUUAAAAUGAAACAAACAGGUAUGAUAAGAUUUUAUAAUCUUUGACUAUGUUCUCGUUCCCAGCGAAAAUGAAGUUAAACAUGAAGUUCAUUAUUGCUUAAAGCCUAGCUUAGUGAUUUCCUGAAUUAUAUUGGAAGCCCGCGACUUCCAUUGGUUCACCUUUUUUUGUUAGUACUAUACGAACUGAUGGCCAUUCCUGUCAAGUUUAUUUGAUGUCACAUAUCCCCUUUGGACUGGGGAGUUCUGACAUAAAACAUCACUCCAAGGCUGAGGUGGCGGAAUGUCUAGGAGAAAUAGUGUAUAGGAGAAUACGGACCCAGUCUAGAAGACAGUUAUUUCUAUUUCAAAUGGAAUUUUUUCUGACAAGCUCUAAAGUAAAAUUAAUAAGGCGACAAGUUCUGUAACCUUUUACCCAGUUAGACAGCAUGGGUCACUGAGUUCCUCUCGUCUCUGCAAAGUGAAGAUGUAUGAUGUCUGUCAGGAGAUGUCCGCGAUUCUUUUUAUGAAUGACAAUGGAUGCAUGAGGCAAUAGGUAGUUUGUUCGGGUUUUUUGUUUAUUUUGGCUACCCAUUAUAUUUAUGGCAGCUGAGACCCCUUUUCCUUUUUUAAGGAAGCCCACUGUCACAGUUCAGCCUUUUAACCCCCAGGCAAGGCUAAUGUAACUUCUUAACAGUCCUUGGAUUUCGUUCAUUUUGGAGAUCUUUGGGGUUCAAACCUCCACAAUGCUUGUGGUUCUCAACAGCCGAUAUUUUAAGAAUACUGGUGGCUUUAAUGGGACUUUUCCAAACUGCUGAUAACCCAGAGUUUGCCUCGCUUGAAAUGGAUCAGGCAACAGUGUCUGUAAACAAAACAUCCUUCGCUCCUUAUAUGCCCGGAGACUUCAGGGGAAUGACUGUAAUGUGGGGUGAGCUGGAAUCCUCAACCAUAAAGACCAAGGUAAAGGCCAGAAGCCCUUUUGCACCCUCAACCUGUCAAAUUAAGAUGGACAUUCCAGGACACUGACUGAUCCCCUCUGGGGAAGGAAGACAUAAUAUCAGCAACAGGCUGUGUCAGCCUUGACCUCUCUCCCCGUACCUGAGAAAGCUUAUGAAUGUGGAGUACUGAGCCUGUGACCCCGUCACCUAGACUGCAGCUUUAGCGCCUACUCCAUGGGAGUCCAAAAAGCUGCAGAGUUUCCAUCACGUCAAUUUCAAUGUCUUAUUGUUUGAUUUUUACAAACUGGGUGUCAUCCCAGUCUUUCUAUUGUACUGCAGUGGGGCUCUGCACGUACCUGUGUGUAUGAAACCUGUCACAUCCAUGCAGGGAAGGAGAUAGAAAAAAAUUCCCAAAUCUAAAUAACUCUAAAAUAUUGCCCAUCAAAACAAUUGAAUAUGUGCUCCUCAUUCUGUGAAAGUGUUCAAACAACCUCAGCUGUCAGGUAUCAAAAUUCUGUGUAGUAAGGUCUGUCUCUAUUAAUUCUGUGUAGUAAGGUCUGUCUCUAUUCAGUUUUUUAUCUUUGGAAGCCACCAGGAGAAGGUUAGCCACAUACUAAUGAAAUCGAAGAGGGAAGCUCUGAGGUUGUGGCUUAAAUGUGAACAAUCAAUUGGUGUUAGUAUUGAAAUAUUCGAGCGGCUCAGUGCAGAUCACACUGCCUGAGUGAAAUUCAAUAGCUGAGAUGAAUAACUAAAUGCACAGCUGCCUCCUUGGUUCCUGUUUCCGGAUUUCGAAGGGUUGAUUUUCUGCUGUAUUAUUCUGAUGAUUUGGUUCCAAAGCAGGAUCCUUGUUGACUGACUCAUUUCCUGAUCUGACCUGUACUGUGUACCCAAGAGCGAGCUGAUGGUGCUGGUAGUAGUUUAGGUUCUUCAUUUUGUGUGUUUUAUAUAU